CGCGUAAAACAUCCGUGAUAUUUGAGGCGCUCCGGGGAUUUAGCGAGCAUGCCCAGUGCGCCCCUCUCCGCCCGCAGCAGAGGAAACCACUGGUGCAGUAGGAGUCAUACCAAGCAUAGCCUGCGUGUCAGUGCAGUCGACUUACAGCUGGCUGUGAGGACAACUGACGCUACUCUUUUUUUUUGUUUGCUCUUUGUCACCGCUAUACCCAUAUUUCAAAAAAAAAAAAGUAUCCAAACUAAUUGAUAAUAACCGCGAGAACUUUUUCCGGGGUUGUUUAAUUGCCGGGGUUUUGUAGAAAACUAGAAGUUGGAGGCUGGGCCUUUAGCUUUUUGACCGUCGCUUGAGAGGAGAAGAGAAAAAAAAAAAGCUGGUCUUUUUUGUGGGGGUGAAAAUAAAAGCUCGAUAAAUGCUACUAACGAAAAUGGACCUGUUGAACUACCAGUACCUGGACAAAAUGAACAACAACAUUGGCAUCCUCUGCUACGAAGGUGAAGCAGCUUUGAGAGGGGACCCCAGACUCCAGUCCCUGUCCCUAUCCUCCUCUUCCUCCUCUUCCUCUUCGUCGUCAUCCUCCUCAUCUUCCUCCUCCAUCUCUAGCCACAGGACAGGUCCUCCUCCCAUCAGCCCUACCAAGAGGAAGCUAAGUGGAGACCAGGGGGACAGCGACAUGGACGAAAACGAGCAUGUGGCAAAGAUGAGUCGACUGUUUGCUGCACAGCUAAAACCUAAUGGAGACUAUCGCAGCUCUGCCAUCUCCAAGGACCAGAGCCGGAGCCCCAUUGAGCGUGUGGUGGUGCCCAGUGCUAUGGGCAACCACCUGUACAGUCACACCCAUCACCAUCACCACCACCACCUGGCCAGCUUAGCUGGCAUGGACCAGCCACUGGCACUUACCAAAAACAGCAUGGUGGAGUCGGCACGCAGUACCACAGCAACUAUGGCCACAGUGCCACACACAGUCAGCGCAGUGGAACGCCAGCAGAAUCGUCCUUCAGUGAUCACAUGUGCUCCAGCCAACAACCGCAACUGCAACUUGUCUCACUGUCCAGUGUCCCACAAUGGCUGCUCCAACCUCACUAACAACUACAGGAGAAUCAAUACCAACACAGCCUGCGAUCCUGUGAUCGAGGAACAUUUCCGCCGCAGCCUUGGGAAGAACUACAAGGAGCCAGAGCCCACUGCCACCAACUCGGUGUCCAUCACAGGCUCAGUGGACGACCACUUCGCCAAGGCGCUAGGCGAAACCUGGCUGCAGAUCAAAAACAAGGGGAGUCCCUCGUCGUCCGGCAGCAGCCCAAACUCCUCUCCCGACAGUCACAUGGUCAAUCACAACCACUCCCCUUCUGUCGUCUCCUGAAGGAGGAGGGAAUUGCGCCCCCUUUCCCCAACCCCUCCAAUCAUCCCGGCUCCAACAUCCAUGGCUCCGUCACUUUGGUCUGUCACCAGCUUCCCAGAGGGAAUGCCUGCCUGCUGGUCUGCUAAAAACAUCCAAAACCCUCAAGCCUGUUCUCUCACUGUGCACUCACAGAGGAUCAAUCAAGCAAUAACGACAUGGUCAUUUUCCCCUUCUGCCCUCUGGUAUGUUAAUGCCAGACAAUAAUCAGCAAUGAGUGAUGAGGGUUGGACUUGGGACUUGACUGGAGCAUCAUCUUGCUCCUUCCAGUCAUUCAUCAUCCCUGCAUGUCAAGCUUGGAGCUGAGAGAGUGUCUGUAGUUAGAUGUACAUAAAGAGAGAGAGGAAAGGCGGUGUUUUAAUUAUUAAUUUUCUUUUUUUUUUUUGUUUAUUUCUUUCUUUAACAGUAGUUUUGUGUACUGCUUUUGCAUUAUGAGAUGCCUGACAUUUGAAAGAACAGAUAAGUGAGAAACAGGAGAAAAUAAUCACAAACCACCUGACUGUGCUACCAAAGAAACCUCAGACACUGAUGUUUAUCAAUGCCCACCUCGAACACAAAACAACAAAAAGCCGUUUUGUAAUCACGUCCUUCUGUUUUAUCCUCUUUCACUCUCACCAUCCUUCUGUCUCCUGUGUACGUGUUCUGGUGGUUUUGUUACUGUAUGUUUAUACUUAGGCGAUCGACUUAGUUUGAUUUGCACUACUGCCAUAGAGGGUAAAGGGUGGCAUGUCAAUUUUGUAAUCUGGCACUGAACUUAGAAAGCUGAUUUUGAUACAGUUAAGUAUUAUUAUUUACUUGAUCUCCUAUUAACUCCUAAGGCUUCACCUACAUUGUUAUGCAUUAUUUACUGAAGGCAUUUCAGAAAAAUGGGAAACACCCACCAGGGGAGUUGGGCAGUAGACACAUUCUGCAGAAUCUGUUUGGUUACCAUAAAUCCUGCUAUAAAAUUACAAUUAAUCGUCACAUCACUGCUACUUCAUUAGUGCGGCUGUUAUCUAAAAACAAAUGCUUCCGUGAUAAGAGACCAUAAAUGAAAAAUCUAGAGGUUCUUGCUAUAGUGCUGUUGCCCAAACAGCUAUUUCCAACAAGUGGAAGCAGGACAGUUUGUUAACCAAACUGAUCCAUCCCCAAGAGCACUUCAGUAUGUGUGGAGAGCUCUCUGUAUGAAGGGCAUGGGUAUAAAUAAACAGAUCAAUUGCAGGAGGGACUGGCCAUUCUUCAACUUCCAUCACAAAAACAUUUAUCUCAGUGGAUACUGAUAGGAGCAUUAAUCAUUCAAGUGCUAUGUUGUGCUGCUUUCCCAAAACAAACUGUAGAAGUGAGGUGAAUUAAGAAUAAGCUUAUGUUUCACCUUUUAUCCUAACUUGUUUAUUCGAUCUAAAAGCACCAUGACAAUUGUAAGGAAGGAGAAACAAGAUGGAAGAUAAAUUCACUCAUUGUACUUGGAACACAUGGCCACCUUCAUCAUUCAUUUGCAGAGGAGAUAAAAUAGAUAACAUGAUAGCUAUCGGAACUCCUCAGAGUGUAUUGGGAUUGUAAAUGCAUCAAACUGCCCAGCCCUCCAUAGCAGCUCAUGUUUAAAUUAGCAUUAUUGAUUGGUAGCAGACCAACAAAAUUACUGCUCGUAAAAUCACUGCCGUUUGGUUUACAAGCAGUCGGGUUAUCAAAUGAGCGAACUGUGGUGCUGGUGGACUUCACAGAGAGGAGAUUAGGGCUGAAAACACAGUCGAACAACCUGCAGCGUGUUGAGGGUUGGGCUUUGCUGAACAAUGUGCUUUGAUGUGUUUCACAGGCUUAACUGCUGACAGUGAUGAGGAGAGAGAUGACGCUGCAUGUCACUUUGUGGUUGAAAAAAAAAAAAGUCUGGUUUCUCGACUGGGAGAGAGAAGAUUAUUCAGAUCUCUUCAAACAUGCCUUUGUUUUUGUUAACUCUUUGAACACGGGUGUUGUAAUUAUAUUUGGCUUACACCCUGCUAUCCUUCCCUCCCUCUCCUACACACUGUGGUUUGGUAGAGUUCUACAAGGUUUUUUUUGGGUAAAUUAAUGCUUUUUCAGAUGCAUGUUUUUUUUUUUUUGUGUUUGUUUUUAAAUAGCUGGUAUCUAUUAGUGUUUUUAGCAUUUCAAACUUAACUAUUAUUAGCCUUUUCAUUCAGACGUUAGUUACUUCUUUCGUUGUCAGUAACAGACAUAGACACUAUACACUCACUGCUGGGUCAGUUGUACUCCAUAUUAUUAUUGUUAUUGUUAUUAUUACGAUUUUGUAUUUUUGUUUUCCAUUAAUAUCAGUAUGGUAACAAACAUCUAUAGUGGGGCAGCCUCCGGACAGGCUCUGUUAAAUGAUGAGAGCUGCGUUUCUCAAAUCCAUCUCAGCACAAUAAGCGGCCAGCUCAUUCCUGCAGCAGAGCGAUCGUUCUUGUGGGUAGUUGGCUUUGGGAUGCACAGCUCAUAAAGGGUUUCUUAAGAUGUUGAUCCAUCGGUGGUACAGGAUGCUACAGCCUUCAGCGCGACUGAGCUGAGACACCAAAUCGACACAAUAGUCAGCUGUUUGUUUUCUCGAAAAUGUCCUAGCCUGAAGCUGAUUAGUCUAUUUGUCUACCCUCUUAAAAUCACCGCUUUCACACCAGCCUUUAUCCACGUAUUGUAACACAGUACUUGGUAAAUAACAAGCUGGAUGACUGGGGUGGUUUGGGGGAGUGAUGAACGUCUAUCCUGAAAUUGUUACAUUCAAGAGAAAAAUGACAUCACAGAAAUAGCAUGUGUAGAUCUAGCAGAGAGAUGCUAGCUAGAAAAAAAACACUUGGCUGAAAAAUUAGUUUACCUGAAUUUAUGGUGUGAUUUUACAGCUUUUUCAACCUUCAUAAGCUGACUUUUUGUGUUCUGAUAGGUGUCCAGAUCUUUUUUUGUAUUUCAAUGUUAUCUUUUCUGAAGAACAUUGUUUCGUUCCUGCAGUUAAACUAGACUAUUACGGUCUAAGGAAAUUAAUUUCACUCCUGCACCAAGGUGGCAUACAUUCCUCCUGUAGGGAACUUUGUACAGGCCUCAUACACACUCAGUAUCUCCAUAUCAGCAGACAGAGCUAAUACCCAGCCAGCAUUAUGCAAAUUGGCCAUCUUGUACAGUAAUGUAAACAGAACUUUAACAUUUUCAAGACAUUUAGAACAUAGAGGACCGGAGCUGUAAUUGUAAUAGCAGGCAACAAAAAAGUUUAUCAAAAUCAUUUCAAGUCUGUGAGUUGAAGUGAGCAUGUGAGUCUAGGUUUAUAUUUGCUUUGGGUAAUUAUUAGGAAGUAUAGUGAGUACAUCCUUAGAGUUCUACACGUGGAACGUGUUCUACAAUGUCCACACAUUCCAUCCUCAGCUACCAAAACAGAUGUGACAGAAUCAGAAUUGAUUAACUUCAAGAAUAUCAGCUACCCCAAAUUUUCUCAAUCCACUGUAAUGAAUAAGAACACUAUAAUCUACAUAUGCUUUCUGUGAGCAGCCCAGAGUGGUUGGGAAGGAGAGUUUUAGAAGGCAGGUUUGUUCGGGGGGGGGGGGGGGGGUGGCUGAGCUUCAGGAGCUGAGCUUUUGUAAGCGCAACCUGUGAGCCAGAAGACAUUCACCUGCUACUGAAAGUCUCUUCAGGCCUCACAGCGACGCCUUCCCCUCCUCUCUCAAUCAGUUGGCCCUGGUUAAGAUCAGAUGUAGUUAGUGCCACGCUAGAAAACACGAGGGAAAAAGGCUUGGUGUCCAGAGGAUUUACUUUUUCUAUUAUUAUGCUUUCUCAUUAUCAUUUCACUACCACCCUGUAGGUAGGAGGCUCUCUUUAUGCUUCGGCACACACUCCCUACACACUGUAGGAAAAUCACUUAAUAAGAAAUACUUUUUUAUAAUAGGUAACUAUAAGACCAUCAUUACGCUGUGCGUAACGAAUGUACAGAGAAAAAAAUCGUAGGUAUUUUUUGAGGAACAAUUAAUUUGUUAAUGAUAUGUAGCUAUUUAAUUGUUGUUUUUCCCUGUCCUUCUAUUGUAAUCAUUGCAUUUUUCUUUUUUGUGAAAAAAGUUGAUCUUUUUUGUUUAUAGAGUUUGUCUUGUUAGCGUAAAGGUUCAAGUGCAGGAACACAGGAAACGUAUGAAACCACAAUAAGCCACAGGUGUGUCGGUGACAAUCGCUACUUCCAUCAGUCCCAUUUGUUCUGCAAUCACUUAACUUGUGUUCGAUCAUGUGACUUGUGAGACAUUUGAACAAAAGUUUUACUGAUGAGCAAGAAGACAUUGUUUUUUGUUUUUUUUUCUAAAGGCCUAUUGAGCAAUGUGCAUGUUUUGUAUUGAUGGAGCAUAAUGAUUUUGCCACUAGCCCAGUGCAUCUUGCUGGCCAUUUCCAAAUCAUUUCCAUUAAAUAUAUAUAUAUAUAAAUACAUAAAAAAACAUUAGUCAUGGGCUAGUAGGUAGGUCAGAUGUCCACCACUGAUUAUUUGAAACUUGGAUUUUGAAAGUGCUGGUGACUGUUUUUGGCCUACAGAUGGGAACUGAGCCACAAGUAAAACUAUGAGUCCGUUUGAAUUUGUUGUAAAACAUUGACCCUUCACCGAUGAAUAUUUUGUGCUUAAAGUUCAUCUGCUUUGGUGCCAGUCAGUGAGGCUGAGAUGAGCUUUUGGGGCAUCACACCCUGAAUCUGUUGUCGCAGUUCCCAUCUGUGGCGGCCGCUUUCUCAUCUGUAAUCAAGUUAACGUGAAAAUUGAGCAGAUAAAUCAAAGAGGAGUUGGUCUUUACUCUGACUGUACCACAUUUCCCAGGUCCUUUUUUGAAGUGGAAGUAGCAUGUACUUAGUGGUAGUAAUACUCUGAACUGUAAGAAAAUUUCUAUCAAGAAAACAGUUAAUUUGUGGCUCUGUGUCUCCUCCUACUAAAAAGGUUUUGGCAGGCCACCUUUUUUGUACGUAAAGUAGCCUUGAUGAACAAUAAAGUGCUUUUAAACCAC